AGGGGCGCCGUGUGAGGGGACGGUGCCGAGCCCCGGGGUGGUGCUGAGCCCCGCCACAGCGCUCUGCCCGCACCGCUCGGGGCCCGAUCCGUCCCCCAUGGCGGCGGCACGGAGCUACAACGGGUACCCGCGGCAGGACGGGCCGCCCUCCCCGCCGCUGGGCUCCGACAAGCCGCGCGUCCCCUUGCCCGGCGGCAGCGAGGGCUGGCGGGGCGAGCGGCCCCGCAGCGAGGAGGACAACGAGCUGAGCCUGCCCGGCCUGGCGGCAGCCUACACCUCCAUCCUGCGCUCCCUGGGCGAGGACCCGCAGCGGCAGGGGCUGCUGAAGACGCCCUGGAGGGCGGCCACCGCCAUGCAGUUCUUCACCAAGGGCUACCAGGAGACCAUCUCCGAUGUUCUGAAUGAUGCCAUCUUUGAUGAAGACCACGAUGAGAUGGUAAUUGUGAAGGACAUAGACAUGUUCUCAUUGUGUGAGCAUCACCUCGUUCCAUUUGUUGGAAAGGUACAUAUUGGCUAUCUUCCUAACAAACAAGUACUUGGCCUCAGCAAGCUUGCUAGGAUUGUGGAAAUAUACAGUAGAAGAUUACAAGUCCAGGAGCGCCUUACCAAACAAAUCGCAAUAGCCAUCACAGAAGCCUUACAGCCUGCUGGAGUUGGAGUGGUUAUUGAAGCUACGCACAUGUGUAUGGUAAUGCGUGGGGUACAGAAAAUGAACAGUAAAACAGUAACCAGCACAAUGUUGGGGGUAUUCCGGGAAGACCCAAAGACCCGUGAAGAAUUCUUGACACUCAUCAGGAGCUGAAACUGUUUUUCUUGAAAUGCACUCUGGAGAUUGUUCUGUCCAGUGUCACUGUCUGUUCUUACUUGUUCCUACAUCUCGCUCUUAAACUGAAUUGUUGUGAAUUGUUGUCAUAGUCUUUGUUCAGUAAAAGACUUCUGAUGGCAAA